AUGUUGUUCACGCUCGUAUUUACAAUAACAGUUUUGUGUUAUGUGCUAAUACAUAGAAUUUUUUUCAACAAAACUCAUUGGAAGAAGAAAAAUGUCGUGCAAACCAACUUUAAUUUGAUGCUGAAGUUCGUGUUCGGGAAACAGUCCAUGCCAGAGAUAUUGAAGGACAUUUAUAAUGAUCAUCCUGAUGCAUUAUAUGUGGGAACUAUAGCUGGGACCACACCAAUGCUGAUUCUUAAGCACCCUGACGACAUUCAAGCGGUUUUAGCUGGUGAUUUCCAAAACUUUCACAGCCGUGGCAUCAAAUUUGGACCACAUGAUCUAUUAGCCGAUAAUCUGCUCUUUACGAAUGAUGUUAAAAAAUGGAAGCUCUUGAGGAAUAAACUUAGUCCAGUUUUCACAACCUUCAAACUUAAGUAUAUGUUCAAAAUCAUUGAGAAAGUUGCUCGAGACUUUGUUGAAGUCGUUGAAGAUGAUAUCCAUCUGCGACAAGACCCAUUCAACAUUCUAUACACUUACACAACUGCAUCUAUUGGAGCAUCAGUGUUUGGUAUAGAUACACAGAACAAUCAAAACGCUAUGGAUUCACCGUUCUUGGAGAUGACGAAGAAGACCCUGAAGCCAUCUUUGUAUUCAAAUAUUGCUGCUUUGCUUGCGAAUACAAGUCCAAAACUAUAUGAUUUUUUGAACAUCAAAGUGUUUGGAGAGCAUGAGGAAUUUUUCAUUGGUGCUGUACGAGCUGUUCUAGAAGAAAGACAACGCAAAGCUAUUAGAACACAUGAUUUUAUUGACCUCUGUUUGAGCUUGCAAGUCCACGGAUAUAUGCAUGAUUUUACAACAAAUUAUAGUUUGGAGCCAACUGUUGAAAUUUUGGCUGCUCAAGCAUUCUUCUUUUUCCUGGCUGGCACUGAUACCUCAGCUAAUACUAUGCAUUAUACUCUCCUAGAACUAUCAAAUAAUCCCGAAGUGUUACAAAAAGUGCACGAAGAAAUUGAUAAAGUAUUCGAUGAAUGCAAUGAACAGUUUACUUACGAUGAAGUAGAGAAGUUACAAUAUUUGGAUCAAGUGGUAAAUGAAGCAAUGCGCAAGUAUCCUACAAUAGGAGUUAUUCAAAGACUCUGUACUAAAGAUACAGUACUGCCGUCAGGAGUAGCUAUAGACAAAGAUGAAAUUGUAAUGAUAUCGCCAUUUGCAAUGCACAGGGAUGAAAAGUAUUUCCCAGAACCUGAUAAGUUUGAUCCAGAGAGGUUUUCUCCAGAAAAUGUGUCCAAAAUACCUAAGUAUGUGUUUUUGCCGUUUGGAGAAGGAAACCGAAUUUGUAUUGGUGUCCGGUUUGCUCGCCUCCAAGUAAAAGCAGGACUCGCGUGGUUGUUGCGACGCUUCACAUUGGGGGAACAGAAUUGCACUCCGACAUUUGAAAGAAGUCCCUUCGGCCUUAGAAGUCCUACAGAUCGCUAUGAACUGAAACUUAGAGAUUAA